CACACGAGUUACUUGUCAAUAUGCUGUGCCAGCUGAAGGAGGAGGGCAUGAUUCUGAAGACACUCGGGAUGAACUAUACCUGCCCUGUUUCCCAGCUGGAGUUCCAACUUGUGUCGGUGCGCACAUGUACCAGCUGUGGGCGCGAGUCGUCUACCAGAGAGGACUACAACCACCUCUCAUUGGACUUCAGCCCUGAGCGCACCUUGCUGAACAGCCUAGCACUCACUUUCAAAGUCAGCACUCAGGGCUCAGCCCUGCAUGUAGAGACUAACACCCAGGGCAAGCUGCCCACUGCCUCAGAAUACGCUAUCUUAUUAUUGUAGUGGUAUCAUUCAUUAUGUAAUGCUUUUGUUUCUAACCAGAGUGAACAGGUUGAAUUCACAUGUGAGGGCUGUAAAGGCCUCCACGCCUCAAAGGUGG